AUGCAAGCAUUCACGGUUCAUUUAAUUGCACGAGUUGACCCGGUGAUGUAUGUUAUGUCAAAACCAGUCUUGACGACGCGUUUGGCCAAAUGGGCGUUACUUCUCAAUCAGUAUGAAAUCAUCUAUACUCCAGCAAAGGCGGUUAAGGGGCAAGCUGUUGCAGACUUCCUAGCCAAUCAUCCAGCAGACUGGGAAAUUUUAAAUGACUUACCCAACGAACAAGUCUUCUUCACUGACCUUUCUCUUGGUUGGAUGAUAUUCUUUGAUGGAUCGGCUCGUAAAGAUGGGGCGGGGGUUGGAGUAGUCUUCGUAUCACGCGAGAGACACGUAUUGCCCUAUUUAUUCUCCUUAAGUGAACUUUGCUCGAACAACGUUGCAGAAUACCAAGCUUUGAUCAUGGGAUUACAAAUGGCCGUGGAGAUGAAGAUAUCGAGCUUAGAAGUAUAUGGUGACUCCAUGUUAGUGAUCAACCAACUGUUGACCCACUACGAUGUUAGGAAGGAUGAUCUAAUUCCAUACCACCAAUUGGCCACGCAAUUACUGGAAAGGUUUGACUUCGUGACGCUGGAGCAUGUGCCAAGAAAAGAUAACCAAAUGGCAGAUGCCUUAGCUACAUUGGCAUUGACAAAAGAUGAAGCAAUAAAUCUUCCAGUUUUUCAACGUUGGGUCGUUCCAUUAACACUUGGGCAUCACAAGAAGGAGCCAACGUUAUCUUGGUGUUGUCCAUUGACGUUGACAACUGGAGACAACCUUUAUUUGAUUAUCUUGAGCAUGGAAAACUGCUAG